GUCUACCAUACAGUAGAAUACUAACCCCAGGCCCACCACAGGCACAACCUCGUUUCUUAAGCUGGAUUUCUCAAAUUUCUCUCAGCCCAGGUCAAACCUUUUCGCUGCUAAACUCAACAAAUAGUUCAUCAAUCGCACACUUGGCAAAACACCUUCUGCCCAGUGUCUUCAUUGAGUCUUUAUUGAUACUCAUCAUCUGCCCCCCGUCAACAGAACGUGUGUUUUGCCGCACUUUUACGCCUCAAAACCUAAAAAAAGUUAAAAUCCCCGAGGGAGAAACAAAAAGUAUACCAAAGUUGACGUACCGCCGUCACAAAAGACCGAAAGUGCGCGCUUAUUUGUGUGGCACUAUACAGACUGCCUUUGCGCGGAGCACCUGGCAUCUUGAAUAAGACUGAAUUUACAAGUCGUCAAGUUGGCGGGAAUCACUGCAUCUCGGCUUCCUGUGUGCUCACCACUCCUAUGCCCUAAGUUCUGGGCCUAUAGCGGAGUGAACACCAAGCCACCCUAACUGGGAGCACGCGCUCGCAGCUUUCACACCCGAGAGGGUUCCCUUACCAACACCGGCUCCUGUGGCUUUCAGCCCGUAACAAAGCCAGCAAGCAUUAGCUAUCGAGCUCCUUCAAGAGCUCUCCCAUCACGCUGGCUUCAUACUUCCAAGUCAUCCGCUGCGGACGGCACACGGCCGCCCGUUGCCGUCCACUCAUGCUCGACCCUUGAAAGAAUAUAUCCACCUUGCGAACGGUCACAAGUCUCUGUAUUAGAUAGAACAGCAGGAAAUCGCCAAGUCUUCCCCCGGAACGAUCACGGAACAAUCUUGCAAGCCACUGACCGUGUGCCGCAUUGCAUAUUCGGCGGCGUACUAAAAAUCCAAGCGAAAGCCCAGACCAGGCCAUCCAGACCGUCUCGGCAGUUGCUUUUGUAGAAAUGUCUGACCACGACGAGCACGCCGGGAGCUCGGGCUACUCUACUCCGGUUCCUGAGCUCGAUGACCACCGUCAUCAGACGGCCAGUGUCCAGCGCGCCGACCGCCCACGUCGCGGAACCUUCGAUUCCCUCUACGGAGGUCGUCAACUGGAGGCAGAGAAUAGCCAGGGUGGUACGGCAUCCUCGGUUCGAGUUCGCGAUUUCGAGGAGGCAAUCAUAGACGAUGAGGCAGCCGAUAUUUCUCCGACCCCCUUCCGCGUACGACGCCCGACCGUAGAAUCAGAGCGCUCCGUCUCACCACCGAACUCGGUGAAAGCCUUUGCUCAGGCACGUAAGCGCGAGCGUGGAAUGUCGAAUUCGGAACCCCGGGUUCGCAAUGACGAGCAUGAACUUGUCCGGACGACGUCCGUCGCCAGCCGCCAUAGCUACCGCAGCCGUCAGCCUACCGUCAGGACCGCACCCGGCGACGAUGUGUCCAGCCUGAGCACCAACAAGUCUGCGGAGGAGGAUGUUUGCUUUCCAGUGCAAGAUGACCACAUGGGUGACCGUCUACACAUCGACUUUGACUUCCUCGAGAGCUUUAUCCAAUCCGACUAUGAGCUUCAGCAAACCGAGAAGCUGGAGCGGCGUCCCACCCACAAAGUUUUUCCGGACAUGCGCCCAUCCACGGCCACGCACUCCUCGCCCGUGGUGACUUCUGAUGGAGAUUUCUUGGAGAUGCCCAUGGGCAAGACUUCAUCCGUGAACGAAAAAGACGACGCGGAAUCUACAACCGAAGCCACCAAGCCGACCCCUUUGCCUCGAGAAGUGAACCGGUUCAACUUUUUCUCCUCUGCAUGGGAAUCGACCAUACACGCUCAGUACUUUGGCGACUUGAUUCUUCCUGGCGAGGAUAUCCGUGGCUUGUUCUCCUUCCCGAGGGGCGAGACAGACGGCGUCUGGUGGCUCGAUGUCAGCAACCCUACGGCUGAGGAGGUGCGCGGCAUCUGCAAAGCCUUUGGUAUCCAUCCUCUUACUAUUGAGGAUAUCACAACCCAGGAGACUCGUGAGAAGAUCGAGUUGUUCCCGUCGUACUACUUUGCUUGUUUCCGCACCUUCGAGAAGGUGCAGGACGAGAAUGGGGACAUAGAAUUCGAGCCCUUCUACGUCUAUGUGGUUGUCUUCCGCGAGGGGACACUCAGCUUCAGCUCCAAGUCAAACCUGCACGCCAGCCACGUUGGCAAGAGAAUCGCCGCGCUGAAGGAUUACGUUGCUCUGAGCAGCGACUGGAUAUGCUAUGCUUUGAUCGAUGACAUUGUCGAUUCUUUUGGCCCUGUCAUCUCCAAGCUCGAGCUGGAGACUGAAGCAGUCGAAGACGAGGUAUUCAUUGCGCGUAGCGAUGACAUGCAUACCUUUUUACGCAAGAUCGGCGUGAUCCGCAAGAACGUCAUGGCUCUCAUGCGCCUCUUGGGCGGAAAGGCGGAUGUCCUGAAGGGUUUCACCAAGCGAUGCAACGAAAACUACAAGGUGACGCCUCGGAUGGACAUUGGCCUGUAUCUUGGUGAUAUUCAGGAUCACGUGGUGACGAUGAUGACGAACCUGGGACACUUUGAGAAGAUGCUCUCUCGUUCUCAUGGAAACUACCUGACACAGCUCAGCAUCGACAACAUCACCCAGGGUACCAACACCAACAGGAUGUUGACCAAGAUUACUUUCCUCGCGUCCAUCAUUGUGCCACUGAACGUCGUCACUGGUCUGUUUGGUAUGAACGUUCACGUUCCAUACCAGGAAGUCGAAACCCUCGAUGCCUUCUUCACGAUUCUCGGCUGUCUUGGUGCGUUUGUGGUUGUCUGCCUUUGCAUUGCGCGGAAGCUCAAGUAUAUUUAGUUGAUGGACUCUUUUUUUUUCUUUUUUUUUUUUUUUUUUUUUUUU